AUGUCCGACUCUCAGAACAACACUAGUGGCAACAACGCCGCCGAGCCCAACAAGACCACCGGACAGUACCACUCCUUGAAGGGAACCGUCGUCGAGACGGUCGGCGACCUCACCGGCGCCCAGUCCUGGAGGCAAUCCGGGAAGGAGGAGCACGCCCAGGGCGAGGCAGAGUACCAAGCUGCCCAGGCAAAGCAGUAUGCAGAGGGCACCAUCGACCGCCUCGGCGGGAAGAAGGACGCCGUCGUUGGCGCGAUCACGGGCGACCGUCAACAAGAGAUUGCUGGUAAUCUGCGCCAUGACCAGGGCCAAACUCAACAACAGUUUAACGACCCGACUGCCUGA